AUGACCGACCGUCCGAGCAGUAGCAAUGGCAGUAGUCCGGCCAAUGUUACGUCGAUGCGGCCCACGUACGAAAGGCGCGUCGUUCGUAAGGAUCACCCGCACCAUCAUCAUCAUACCCACUCGCACCACCAUCGGCAUGGCAAGGAGCCUAAGAUGAUCGGGCAGUAUGUCCUUCAGCAAAGUCUUGGAGCAGGCUCGUUCGGUAAAGUGAAGCUGGCGACACAUGCCUUAACAGGCCACCGCGUUGCAGUGAAAAUUAUCAACAAACGCAAAAUUUCUUCGAUGGAUAUUGGCGGCCGCAUCAAGCGUGAGAUUCAGUUCCUUAAAAUGCUGCGCCAUCCUCACAUUAUCAAGCUGUACGAGGUGAUUACCACACCAUCCGACAUCAUCUUGGUGAUUGAGUAUGCCGGCGGCGAACUGUUUCAGCACAUUGUCGACCAUGGCCGCCUCUCCGAAGACGAAGCACGCCGCUUCUUCCAGCAGAUUAUCACGGCUACAGACUAUUGCCACAAACACAAGAUCGCACACCGUGAUCUCAAGCCGGAAAACCUGCUCCUCGACGAGUUUCUCAAUAUAAAAAUCGGUGACUUUGGCCUAUCGAAUUUCAUGGACGACGGCGGGUUCCUCAAAACCAGUUGCGGGAGUCCCAACUAUGCAGCACCCGAAGUCAUCUCCGGCCGACUGUACUCGGGCCCCGAAGUCGAUGUAUGGAGCUGCGGUGUGAUUCUCUACGUCAUGCUGUGUGGCCGAUUGCCCUUUGACGACGACUAUGUGCCCUCGCUCUUUGUGAAGAUCAAUAAGGGUAUCUUUACCCUACCUUCCUACCUUUCGCCAGAGGCGAAGGAUCUCAUAUCCAGCAUGCUAGUCGUCGAUCCUGUAAAGCGCAUUACAAUUGCAGAGAUUCGGCAGCGGCCAUGGUUUAACGUGAACUUGCCAUCGUACUUGCGGCCAAACCCUGUCCAGUCGUCUGUCGACGAGGACCAGGGCCCCGCUGUCAGCGAGCCGGUCAUGGACGACACGCUGAGUGUCGAGCCUACGGAGAUCAGCCUGAGCGCGCCAGAAUCGCAAGAUCCGCCGCCUGAUCCCGCCAUGGUAUCGCCUGAUCUCGGUGUGAUUGAUCCUCUGCUGUUAGAAGAGCUGCUAGGGAAGGUCGAAGGCCUCUCCCGGCACCAAGUCCUUGAGCAGCUACGAGCUCCGAACACCAACCAGAUCAAGGUGGCCUAUCAACUGUGCCGCGACUACCACAAUACGCUGGAAAUGGCAGCGAAUAUGCUACGCGACUUGGACUUGGACGAGCAGCCAGCGUCCUCACCAGGCACGUCACAUCCAUCGCUCUCGCAAUCGCCGUCAACACCGGUGACAACCGAGUCUCUCUCACGCUCCUCAUCCGUACGCACACGCGCUCGUCGCGCCUCGUCGCGUCGCAGUAGCAAUGCACCGCUAGCCGGCUCUGCGUCGCCUAUGCACUAUCACGUGCUCAUCAAGCGAUCUGGCGCCAAGACCGAUUUGCGGCAUGCGGACGACGACGGCGACGGCAAGCCACGUUCACGCCGCACAUCGACAGCGUCACGUCGGUAUGUGGACGAAGAGCUUAAGACGCGUGUAAAUGAGCUGAUGGCGUCGGUGGAAGACGAGGUCCUAGAAGGUUCAGAUAUUGAUGAGGAGGUCUUGGAAGAAAGUGACGACAGCGACGAGGAAAGCGACGCGUCGUCGACCAUGUCGGACUCGGACGAAGAGUAUGCGUCGUUUGAUAUGGUCGACGAUCUCUCACCAGACGAUCCGCCGGAUCGCGAGCCCCUGCAGGAAUGCUAUAUGCAUCGAUCGGCGCAUUUGGCCGUGUUGGAAUCGAGUUUGCCAGCGGCGCAGCGCGCCUUAUACCAGGGCCCUGACUCGUCAGAGGCCCGUGCAUCUCAGGACAUGCUAUUGGCGCCGUCACUACCACUGCAAGCCCCUGCGCCUACACGCCGUGGACGCUCUCAGUGGCACUUUGGCAUACGCAGCCGCAGCUCGCCGAUGGAGAUCAUGUUGGUCCUUUAUCGCACAAUGGAGCAGCUCGGCAUGGAAUGGUGCUCGAAGACGCCGCUACCGCCUGUUUCCCGUGGACUCGAUGCGUUGUCACCAAAGGAGAAGCAGCAGGUACUUGACGCGCUCACGGAAGAUGUAUUUUAUGCGCAGACCCAGUGUGUCAUGUACGACCGCACAGUCCGUAUGGACUUGCAACUGUAUCGAGCCGAUGCGAAUUCGUACCUGGUCGACUUCCGGAAUGUCGGGUAUGCCAUGACGCCAGCUGCGCUGGACGCCUACGGCAUCGAAUCGUCUCCCACGGCGCUGGCGCUGUGUCGCGAUGUCCAAAGCCCUUUCCUGUUCUUUGAUGUAGUAUUCCGCCUCAUUGUGGAGUUGGCCGGCGGCUAA